AUGGACCGAACAAUCAACCGAACCAUCCAUCCCUUCUCUUAUCCAAGAUCGACAGAGGAGGAUGCCUCGUUCAGCGAUCAAUCUGGUGAAUUUCUCACCAUACAAACCGACAUCCAGACCACCCUCCUUCCCGGAAAUCCAAAUAGAUUCGGGACAACCAAUCCACCGCUCCAGACUCUCAGUAGCGAUCCAGAACCCCGGGUCCUGGCGAAGCCGUGGAGACCAUCCGAUGCCCACGCGCAUAGCUGGAGCGAGGAGGAUCGGAAACAUGAGCUGCAGGCACGGUUGUUGGAUGUGGAGAAGGGUGUAAAUGCUGGGUUUACGGAGACCGAGUAG